AUGUCUUCUCUACCACCCAAUGUCCACGUAGCCCAACAUCCCUGCCUACGGGCAAAGGUCUCGCAGCUUCGAUCGCAACAGACAGGAGCUCGUGAUGCCAAACGUCUAAUCCAUGACAUCUCGACCAUGCUCGGAUACGAAGCUCUCGGCUCAGCUCUGGAGUCUACACAGCAAGACACAGUUACGACUUCUCAGUGGACUCCAUCUCGCCCUCUCACGUCUCCCUCGUACCAAUCCUACGCUCUGGCUUACCCCGUCCCAGUCUUCCACCUAGGCAUGUACCGCGAANAAACAACCCUCCAACCCGUCGAAUACUACAACAACCUGCCCUACCAUUCCGCAACAACAACUUCACAACAAACUACUCCUUCCGAUCUAGCCAUCCUGCUUGACCCUAUUAUUGCUACUGGUGCUACUGCAAGUGCUGCCAUCGAUACAUUGAAAGAUUGGGGUGUCAAGCGUGUAGUCAUCUGUAGUGUUCUGGCUAGUCACGAGGGCUUGGAAAAGGUCAGUCGUGUUUGGGAAGACGGCGUGCAGAUCUGGGUUGGUGCUGUUGAUGCCGGCACGGAUGCAAAGGGAAUGAUUAAGCCUGGUUUGGGAGAUGUUGGCGAUAGACUCUUCCUCACGAUUGGCAAAUAG